AUGUCAAGCAUAAUAUUCAUUCAAGGAUUUUUAAAUAUGAAUUCUUCUUUUGACACAUGUACUCAAUAUAAAUUUAGUCUUUCUAUGUUUAACUCUUUUGUUACUAGUUCAUUGUUAGAUAUAUAUAAUUUUUUAUCUCCUUUCUUGUAUGAGUACUCCAAAUUUAAUAUUAUUACCUUUGAAUAAGGUCAAUAUACUUGUUAAUAGUAGUAACUAAUUUCAGCUAAGGAUGAUAUGAAUCUACAAUAAUAUGACACCAAAUAUUUGAAAUUACUUGAUUAAUGAUGUUUUUAAUGUACAGCGCUAUCAUUUUGUUUCCUCAUUAACACGCUUUUAUGAUUUUUGACCCAAAAUUUUAAGACUUAUUUACUUUUCAAAAGUUGUAACUUUCAUUUAUUGGAAUCAUUAGUCUUCAUAAGACAUUGAACUAUUUUCAUGUGAUUUCUCAAAAAAUAUAUAAUGGUUUUUUCUGUAAUGAUGCAUAAUAUUGAUGCCAAAUUAUCAACAACUUCCUAAAAUCUUGUGAGAAGUGUUCAUGUCAAGAACAUCACAUUUAACUUAUUUGAAAUAUUUUUUAUUGAUCGAGAAUUUUACUAGACUAGCUUGAAGGCUUUCAUGAGACUAGGUGAAAUAUCAAGGGGGUGAAUUGGUUUCCUAUUAUUUUUUUAUAUUUUCAUUUUUCUGUUUAUGAGUGGUUGUGUUGACACACGUUUUCAUACAGUUUUCUAGUUAUGGGUACAUGUUUAAUCAAGGUAGUCUCUCCCUCUACAUGGGUUUUCACUUGACUGUCUCAUCACCACGAAGGGCACAUAAAUUUUUUAUAUUAGUUCAUCCCUCACUUGGCUAUUUCUAGUCUUAAAUGAACCUUCAUACUGGAGUUCAUUAUUUUCUUUUGAAAAAACAUACUGAUUUUAUGAGAUUAUCAUCCCAAUUAGAUUAGUUUGAUCUCCACAAAGAUCACACUCUUUUUGAGGCAUAAACAAACUCUCAACACCACAUCUUUUAACACAAAUACAAUAAUCUCUUCACAUAUCAUACCUUUCAUAAAUACAACCAAGCUCUCAACAACACAUGUCUUAGCCCAAAUAUACUAGUCUCCUCAUAGACCACACCCUUUAUGGGUACAACUAGGCUCUCAAUACCAUGUAGCUUAGCCCAAACAUCUCUCCACCCACCACCUAGGUACCUUAGGGCCCGAAAUAGAGAGUCAACUUUUGAAGCAAGUAUCUUUAAUAGACAUUGAUCUAUUGGUUGCAUUCUACUUAUUGUCUAUGUAGAUACCAUUAUAAUCAUUGAGUAUAAUCACAAAGGCAUUUCUCAACUCAAGGAAUUAUUUUGAGGAUAAUUUAAAACCACAUGCUUUGACAAACUUGCCUCCCUCGAAGUGGAUCUCUCCAGCAUAGAACCCGGCAGCACUGUCACCGUCAAGUGGCGGGGGAAGCCCGUCUUCAUCCGCCGUCGCACUGCCGAAGACAUAAGCGUCGCCAAUGCUGUGGACUUGGCCAGCCUGCGCGAUCCGCAGGAGGAUGCGGCGCGUAUGACGGACCCGGAGUGGCUGAUCGUCGUGGGUGUGUGCACCCAUCUCGGCUGCAUCCAAUGCCGGGGACUUUGGGGGUUGGUUCUGCCCGUGCCACGGCUCACACUAUGA